CUGGCCAUAACCGCGGACGCAGCCUUUGAGAGAAUCCCUCAAAACAUGAAGGCACCCAGCAGCAUUUUCGUCACAUUAGCGGAUAAAGACUUGAAUGCAAAAGCGCCCGCGCAAGCAGACCCCAGAGACGAAGAGAUAGCCGCACUUCGCCGUGAAUUAGCAACCGUGCAGUUAGAAAGACAAGGCUUACUAAGACCUCACGCUGACCACGAAAUUGCCGCCGUUCGUCACGGUGCCUAUCAGCCCCGACCCCCACCGUACAGAUCCAGGUCACCGCGCAGACGCAGUCCAUCACCCCCUCGCAGCCGAACCCGAAGUGCCAAUUUAAUCGAUGAUUUGUGUUGGUAUCAUCGACAGUAUGGUGAUAACGCUCGACGUUGCCGUUCACCCUGCGCCAAGCGUGGUGUAGUGGCACAGGGAAACUAGUUCGCCGGCACGUGAAUGCGGCCCACGCGUCCGGCAGCGACAAAACAGGCCGUCUGUUUUACGUCAAGGAUAGGCGCUCUCGCCUCACUUUCCUUAUCGACACAGGAGCCGAAGUGAGCGUUAUCCCUGCCAGCGCGCAUGACAAGCAUACAAAGCCCACGUACAAUCUACGGGCAGCCAACGGCUCGCCGAUAGCUUCAUACGGUCAGCGCAUGAUGAACCUAGAUUUAAAUCUCCGCAGAGACUUUCACUGGGUUUUCACGGUUGCGUCAGUACCUUUCGCAAUUAUCGGCAUCGAUUUUCUUCGCCAUUUCGGAUUGCUUGUCGACGCGGGUCGCAACAGAAUUUUAGAUGAUCAUACGAAACUAAGGGUUGAUGGCGUCCUU